UGAAUCCAGGCUUCUGAUUGGCUGCAGCUGUCUGAAUUGGAGGAGGGAAGCUUUCAUGAUGGGAUGGAGAAGACCGAGAUUUAAAAAGAAAAGUCACCCAGGAGGUCUAUUCCCGCCUUAAACUGAUUCUCUUCACGUCUUUGAUCAAGCUGUCGAGGAAGGCGUCACAUGGCCGCCAGUCAAACCAGCACCGCUCUGAUUUUCCGGCCCCUGAGGUGGAGAAAAAAGGAAGUUUUGGGCCUUUAGCAGCAGUAAUGAAGGUAGAAGUAUUCAGCUUCCCCACCACGGUUUGGCUGAUCAGCUCGGUGACCUUCAAGCCCUCCUUCUCUGAGCUCCAGGCCACCGCUGACUGGACUGACGCUCCGCUGCUAAUACUAAUGCUGUGAAUACAUGGCAGGCAUAUUGAGUUACAACCUGACAAAUGUUCUCCGUGCUGGACCACAAAGAAAGGAAGUUUACGGUUUCGACUGUCCUGAUGGAGAACAAAACUAAUGCAAGAUUUAUUGCUCAAUCAUGUAUUUUUGUAUAAAAUGUGGAUUUCAUGUUUGUCUCCAUUCAGGCGGUGUUAAAUAUUUCACAGCUCUGACCUGCUGAUCGAUGCUGUUUUUGGUGUUUCUCUACGGCUGUGUGCGUCUGACUCAAAGCAGUUUCUGGGUGUUUUCUUGCUCUUGAUUCAUUUUUCCUCACUGUGUGCUCAUUUUUCCUCGCUCUGUCCUUAUUUUCCAUCUCUGUUAGCAACUUUUCCCUCAGUCUGCACUAAUUUUACUCACUCUGGCCUCCAAUGUCCUCACUGGUCUAAUUCUUGCUCACUGUUGGUCAAUUUUCAAUCACUCUAGGCUGAUUUUUAUUCACUCUGACCUCAAAUUUCCUCACUUUGGGCUGAGGUUUUAUUUUACCUUACUGUGCUCAUUUUCACUCACUGUUGGCUAAUUUUCCCUCAUUCUAAACUCAGUUUUAUUCACUUUGACCUCAGAUAUCCUCACUGUUUGUUGAUUUUCUUCACUCUAUUCUUAUUUUCCCCUUCUUUUAGCAAAUUUUCCCUCAGUCUAGACAAAUUUAAUUCACUCUGGCCUUCAGUUUGCUCACUUUGUGUUCAUUUUUCUUCACUGUGGCCUCAUUUACGCUCACUUUAGCCUAAUUUUUAUUCACUCUGACUUCAAAUUUCCUCACUUUGGGUUCAUUUUCCCUCAAUGUUUGCCCAUAUUUCCUCACCCUCACAUAAUUUCCCACACUGACGUCAUUUUACCUUAUUGUACACUCAUUUUUACUCACUGUUGGCUAAUUUCCCCUCACUCAAGGCUCAUUUUUACUCACUCUAGCCUCCAGUUUGCUCACUUUGUGUUAAUUUUUCCUCACUGUAGGCUUUAUUUUUCUCCCUGUGGCAUCAUUUAUGUGGCAUCAUUUACAAUCUCUCUGGCCUAAUUUUUAUUCACUCUAACCUCAAAUUUCUUCACUUUGGGUUCAUUUUCCCCUCACUGUUUGCCCUUUUUUCCUCACUCUGACCUAAUUUUCCUCACUGAGGUCUCAUUUUACGUCAGUGUGCGCUCAUUUUUACUCACUGAAGUCCAAUUUCCUCACUCUGGCAUCACUUUCCCUCACUCUGGCCUCAAAUUUCUUCACUUUUUGCUGAUUUGCCCUAACAAUUUGCUAAUUUUUCCUCAUUCUGACCUCAUUUUUCCUCACUGUGGGCUCUUUGAAUCCAUCUGGGCCCAUACUUCUUCUUUCCUUCACUGUUUACUCGUGUUUCCUCACUGUGGGCUCAUCUGUCCUCCCUUUUUGCUCAUUUUUCCUUUCUGGCCUCAUUUUCCCUCCAUUUUUCCUCACUGUGGGCUCAUUGUUCUUCACUCUGGGUUUAUUAUUCUAAAUAUUACGAAGCUCCAACCCGACUGAUCGACACUUCGAUGUUGUUUUUGGUGUAUUUCUUCAGCUGUGUGUGCAGAAACUGUCCACGUUAACAGUAAAGGUGUGGUCCUGAUGAGACUAAUCUGCUGACCAACAUGCAAACUAAAGGUGCACAGCGGCCUCUCUGAUUGGCUGCAGGACGAGCCCCACCUUUGCACCGCUUCCUAAUGGCUCACCUGAGGCUUGUGGAAGGAAAACCGGACCGGUGCGGCUCAGCAGGAGCAGAGGAAGGCACUUUUCAGCCAUGCAGGAGCGACAAGACACACCUCUGGCGACAUUACAGCCGCAGACGAGAUGCCUGCGGUGUGGAGACGUGCUGGAGUGGUCCGAGGAGCACAGCGUCCUGCUGGGAUGUUCGUGCUGCUCCACGGUGGACGAGACUCUGGAGAACGUAGCCAGAGGUCUGGCCAGCAGGAUGAAGGAGAAGAGCCACUGGGCGGCCGGGCGAGUCGGAGACAUCGACUUCCUGGGUUCCACCAAGACCAGAGGAAAGUUCAUGAGGGUUCGCAGCAACACGGAUCCGGUGCUGAUCUACCAGAUGCUGACGGAGGAGUGGGGCCUGGCGCCUCCUCACCUGGUGGUGGCGGUGGUGGGCGGAGACGAGCUGGCCCAGAUGAAGCCGUGGCUCAGGGACACUCUGAGGAAAGGGCUGGUGAAGGCGGCACAGAGCACAGGGGCCUGGAUUCUAACCAACGGCCUUCGGUUUGGCAUCACCAAACACUUGGGCCAGGCGGUGCGAGAUCACUCGCUGGCCAGCACCUCCUCAAAGGUUCGCGUCGUGGCCAUUGGCAUCGCCCCCUGGAACAUGAUCCACAACCGAGAGGCGCUGCUCACUGCCAAGGUGGACGAGCCGGCGGUGUACAAGCCCCAGGACCUGCCCCAUGGCUCGGUCUACUCCCUGGACAGCCACCACUCUCACUUUGUUCUGGUGGAGGAGGAUCCCAACAGACCCGGGGCCACCAGCGAGAUGAGGGUGAAGCUGCUCAAGCACAUCUCUCUGCAGCGCACCGGAUAUGGAGGCUCAGGAAGUUUCGAGAUCCCCGUUUUGUGUCUGCUGUGCCACGGAGAACCCCGGAUACUAAAGAGGAUGUACAAAGGCAUCGGCAAUUCGACUCCGUGGCUGAUCCUGGCGGGCUCCGGAGGCGUGGCCGACAUCCUGGUCACGCUGAUGGACCGGGGCUGCUGGGAUACCGACAGCGUCCACGAGCUGCUGCUGGACACCUUUCCAAACGCCCACCACAGCACAGACAUCAGUAGCUGGGUCAAGCUGAUCCAGAAGAUACUCGACCAUGGACACCUCCUCACCGUCCACGACCCUGAGCAGGAGAGCUCCGAGCUGGACACCGUCAUCCUCAAGGCUUUAGUUAAGGCUUGUAAGAGCCAAAGUCAGGAAGCUCAGGACUUCUUAGAUGAAUUAAAGCUGGCUGUGGCCUGGAACAGAGCGGACAUCGCCAAGAGUGACAUCUUUAAUGGAGACGUGGAGUGGAAGGCGUGUGACCUUGAAGAGGUGAUGAUGGAUGCUCUGAUCAACGACAAACCAGACUUUGUGCGUCUCUUCGUGGACAACGGUGUGAACCUGGGCGAGUUCCUCACCUACGGCCGCCUUCAGGAGCUGUACUGGUCGGUGUCGGAGAAAAGCCUCCUUCACAACCUGCUCCUCAAGAAGUACGAGGAGAAGCAGCUUCUUCUCGGAGCCGCCAGGACUCCAGGUCCACCGGGUCACCAUCCUCCCGAGACGGGGGACCGAAAACCCCGAUUCACCCUCUACGAAGUCGCCAAAGUGCUGAAAGACUUCCUCCAUGACUCCUGCAAAGGCUUCUACCAGAAGAUUCCUACAGAGAAGCCAGCAAAGGGUCGAUUGUUCCACAACCAGAAGAACUUGGCUGAGUUAGAGGAGCGCUGCGAACAUCCUUGGAGAGAUUUAUUCCUCUGGGCCGUCCUUCAGAACCGACAGCAGAUGGCCAACUACUUCUGGGCCAUGGGCCCCGAGGCGGUUGCGGCAGCACUGGCGGGUUGUAAGAUUCUGAAAGAGAUGGCACGACUGGAAUCUGAGGCCGAGUCUGCACGCAGCAUGAAGGAGGCCAAGUAUGAGCAGUUCGCCCUUGAUGUCUUCGGAGAGUGUUACUCCAACAGCGAAGACAGGGCUUAUGCUUUGUUAGUGAGGAGAACACACUGCUGGAGCAAAUCUACGGUCCUCAACUUGGCAACCGAAGCAGAUGCCAAAUCUUUCUUUGCCCACGAUGGAGUUCAGGCUCUGCUCACAAAGAUCUGGUGGGGAGCCAUGACGACAGACACAGCCAUCUCAAAACUGGUGGUGUCCUUCUUCUGUCCACCACUGAUCUGGACCAACCUCAUAAAGUUCAGUGACGAGGAGCAUGAUAAUCGAAACAGUAACCAGCAGUUUGCAGAACUGGACAGUCUGGAUACAGAAAAGGCUUUGCUGCUAACUGACGACGACGACCCUCUGGAUUCUCCUCCUGGAGGCCCAGCAGCUCAGAGCUGUGCCUCGGUCUGGUGGCGUUUCUUGCUCCGUCGCUGGCGUCGUUUCUGGAGCGCUCCCGUCACCGUCUUCCUCGGUAACGUCAUCAUGUACUUCGCCUUCCUCUGCCUCUUCACCUACGUCCUCCUGCUGGACUUCCGCCCGCCGCCGCCCUUCGGCCCCGGAGCCGCAGAGAUCAUGCUCUACUUCUGGGUCUUCACCUUGGUGCUGGAGGAACUUCGACAGAGCUUCUUCACCGAUGAAGAGAUUAGCAUCUUGAAAAAAUUCAAACUCUACGUCGAGGACAACUGGAACAAGUGUGACAUGGUCGCAAUCUCGCUGUUUGUUGUCGGGGUUUCAUGCAGGAUGGUUGAUGACACCUACGAGGCAGGAAGGACGGUUCUGGCGAUAGAUUUCAUGGUUUUUACUCUACGUCUCAUCCACAUCUUCGCCAUCAACAAGCAGCUCGGACCCAAGAUCAUCAUAGUGGAAAGAAUGAUGAAAGACGUGUUCUUCUUCCUCUUCUUCCUGAGCGUUUGGCUCAUCGCUUACGGAGUCGCCACCCAGGCUCUUCUCCACCCCAAUGACCCGAGGAUCGACUGGGUGUUUCGUAGAGCUCUGUACCGACCAUACCUGCACAUUUUUGGACAGAUCCCCCUGGAAGAGAUAGAUGCUGCUCGCAUGCCUGAAAUUAACUGCACCGAUGACUCAGAGGAGAUUAUCAUGGGCCUGCGGCCGCCGUGUCCCAACGUCUACGCCAACUGGCUGGUCAUCCUGCUGCUGGUCAUCUUCCUCCUCGUCACCAACGUCCUGCUGCUCAACCUCCUCAUCGCCAUGUUCAGCUACACCUUCCAGGUAGUUCAGGGCAACACGGACAUCUUCUGGAAGUUCCAGAGAUACAACCUGAUCGUGGAAUACCACAGCAGACCAGCGCUGGCUCCACCCUUCAUCAUCAUCAGCCACCUCUCCCAGAUCCUCCUCAGCCUCGUCAAACAGCCCGAGUCCAAGCAGGAGCAUCUCGAGAGGGAGCUGCGUGGGCUGGACCAGAGGCUGAUAACCUGGGAGACGGUGCAGAAAGAGAACUACCUGGCCAAGCUGGAGCGCCAGCACUGGGAGAGCAGCGAGGAGAGGCUCAAGAGCACCUCUUCCAAGGUCCAGAGCCUGCUGAAGAUUGUCGGUGGAUUCAAGGACCAAGAGAGGCGACUGGCAGCGAUGGAAGCUCAGGUGAGGUACUGUGGAGAGGUGCUGUCCUGGAUGGCGGAGUGCUUCGCUCAGAGCACGCUCAAAUGUGGAAAAGACGCCCCAAGAGCUCCAACAUCUCUGACGGGCUUGAAGGCGGCCGGCAGCUCAGAUGCACCUCAGAGUCAAGCAGAAGCCAAACAAGAAGAGGACGAGGACAAACCAGGUCACCCAGGAUACGGAGCUAGCAAAAAGUUUCCUUAUAUCGAUGAAUAAAAGCGAUGAUAGCCAGUAGCACACAGACAGCUAAUGGUAGAGGUUUGACAUUUAAUUUAAAUGAAUAAAAACUGUGUUGUAUUUA